UUUCUUCUCGUGCUUGGAAUAUAAUUUAUCCUGUGUGAUUGAUUGACGUGGCGAUGAGCUCUUCAGGCUCGUGUUGAUCCAAACCAACCCCUGGCGCUGCAACCUUCAAACAAAAUUCCUUGCGAUGAAUAACGUUCUCAAAGCCGCUCUAUUUUUCAGAGACUCUAUUCAAAGUUCUUUUGAAGCCGAAAAGAACAAAGAGGAAACAAUUUCAAGGUCUAGGGGGUGGAGAACAAGGAAGGAAGUCAAAGGUGAGAGAUUGCGAGUUGGUCACUGUUGCUUCAUCUCGCUAUGGACUGUUUCUGCGGUCUCAUUGGGCGUUGGCCAGCGGAAGUUAGACCAAUCGCGAGGGCGUUGUUUAAGGCCUCUACUGCACUACUCAAUUGGCAAUCUCUAUUUAGGACGAACUGGUCAAGUCAAAACUAGAUGGUCGCUCGAAUUUGAUAGCGGCCCCGCGUUGCAUGGAUGUUGCUGCAUGGGUGGCGGGAGGGAGGAGGGGAGGCUGUCGCGCCAGAAGAGGCACACGCACAAGCAACGACAAAAAAAAAGUCAACGCCAGUAACUUAGUCUGGUAGGCAGUCGAGAAUGCCACAUCACUCGGCCACGGUCUUCUUCGGGCGUUCGGGCUGGUUGGGUCGAUACUCGGUUGGUGGCUCACGAUCAUCUACCUGCCAAUACAUCAUACAUGGACAGGUCUGGGUCGCAA